AUGAAUUAAGGAGAUAAUUUCAUGUAAUUUUUCAUCAUUAGAUAGUGAAGAACUGUUGGAUGGUUUUCGUAUAUCUGAAUGUUAAAGUGAAGGCAAUUAAAGUGCAUUCAAAAACUUAUUAAGUCAAAUAAAAGAACAACGAAAAUAACUGAGUAAUCAGUUAUAUUAAAAGCAACCCUAUUCAUAAGAAUUUUCCUUACAAGGUUCUACUUCCACAUAGUUUACUAUGAGCAGAUAGAGCUUUAAUGUUAACGAAGAGAAUUUAUAAUUUUAAAUUGAGAAAGAAACUCUGAAACAAAAUUAGCUAUAGAAUGUAAUUGAUACGAUUUUGAGAAAAAUAACCGAUAUUAAGAAGCACACGGAUUCUGUAUUAGAAUUAUUGUAAGGAUUUAAUAAAGAUAAUGAAGCUGCUCAACAAGAAGAAGUCCAAUCAAAUUAAUUACUUUAAUAAAGUAAAAAGAAUGCAAUGGAAGCCCAUGAAUAUCAUUCAUUAUUGAAAAAUGCAUAAAACCUACAAAAAUAAAUAUUGAUAGACAAACAUUCAUUAAUUUAAUAAGACAUAAAACAAUUAUAAAACGAAUACAUCGAAUAUAGGUAAAAAUAUUAACAGAAAAAUGAUAUAAUUUAAUAAUAAAGAUAAGANAACAAACUUAGUUUGAAAAAAAAUUUCUUGGUUAAUUAAUUUGAUCAAUUCUCCAUUGAAAUUUUUUCUAGAAUUUCAUAAGAAUUAGCAGGAAAUUUGCUUAAGACCAAGAGAUGGAGUCUAAUUUAAAAAUUAUAAAAUAAUCAAAUCAUUAAUCAAUAUUCUUUUUCAAAAAUAUUGGAGAGGAACUUUCAGAAAUAAAAUAGGCAAAGUUUUAUGAAAGUUAUUAAAUAAUUGAUUUAUUUUUUUUAAUGA